AUGUUGCGGGAAGGUGUUAGGCCUACUCACAGAACCUUUGUUGGAGUUUUGCUGGCCUGUGCUCAUGCUGGAGUAAUAUAUAAGGGAUUGGAAUAUUUUGAAAGUAUGGAAAAAGUUUAUGGACUAACACCGGAAAUGAAAUACUAUGGUUGUAUUGUAGAUCUUUUGAGUCGCUCCGACGAUCUAGAAAGGGCAUAUGAGUUCAUAAAACGAAUGCCUAUGGAAACAAAUGUUGUAGUAUGGAGGAUACUACUGAGUGCCUCUCAAGUUCAUGGAAAUCUACCCUUGGCUGAGAUUGCCGCAAACAAGCUUAAAAUUGAUGAUGUUAUUGAUGCUUCUCCUAACCGUGAACAAUUUCCUGUCGGGCCUUCAAACCAGAAAGCUCUUAAUGUUAAAGGAUUGGAAGAUAUCAACUCCAAAGUGCUACCUUUGAAUAGUGCCUGCUUGACUGGUACUGCAAAGGCUGGUGGGAGUUCAUAUCCUGAUAACAGUGCUCAUGAUAACAACAAAUAUGGUCAGAGUGUUAUGGAUUUCAUAGAGAAUGAUAUUUUCAAUUCUCUUACUCCUCCAACACACCCCCUUCUCAGACUCCAGGUCAGAGUUUCCACAUCUCACGCGAUCGUGCGAAGAUAG